AUGCCGGAAGUGUAAAGAAAAUCCAAGAUCACCGCCUCCCGCAAACUCCUGCUGAAGAGUCUGAUGCUGGCCAAGGCCAAGGAAUGCUGGGAGCAGGAGCACGAGGAGCGGGAGGCCGAGAAGGUGCGUUACCUGGCUGAGCGCAUCCCGACGCUGCAGACCCGAGGCCUGUCCCUCAGCGCCCUGCAGGACCUGUGCCGGGAGCUGCAUGCCAAGGUGGAGGUGGUGGAUGAGGAGAGAUACGACAUCGAGGCCAAAUGCCUCCACAACACUAGGGAGAUUAAGGACCUGAAGCUGAAGGUAAUGGACCUCCGAGGGAAGUUCAAGCGCCCACCCCUGCGUCGAGUCCGUGUCUCAGCCGACGCCAUGCUCCGGGCCCUGCUGGGCUCCAAGCACAAGGUGUCCAUGGAUCUGCGGGCCAACCUCAAGUCUGUGAAGAAGGAAGACACAGAGAAGGAGCGGCCUGUGGAGGUGGGCGACUGGCGGAAGAACGUGGAGGCCAUGUCUGGAAUGGAAGGCCGGAAGAAAAUGUUUGAUGCUGCCAAGUCUCCAACCACACAGUAG